UUUAGUUUACAAACACUUCAACGUCAGCACAAAGUAAUGCCCAUGUCUAAAAAACACAAUAUUUUGUUAUUCAAAAUGGCUGAUGUUUUCUUUUUUUACGAUCACAAUUCAUAGUUUAUAUUAAUAAAGUUUUAGCUUCAGGAGUCUGUCUACCACAUGUUGCCAGUUCUAUAAAGGUUGUUAAGUGGGUGGGCCAUUCUAAUGGCCUUGGGUCAAAUGAUCUGACAAAAGGAUGACACUUUGAUGAAAGAUUAAAAAAUCACAAUGGAAGACUGUCAGAUGUUCACAGAUGUCCACUCCAAAGAAAUACUCUCCACAAUGAACACACUUCGUAAGGCUAACAAACUUUGUGAUGUCGUACUCAGAGUGGAGAAGCAAUGUUUUCCUGCUCAUCGCAUUGUUCUGGCUGCCAGCAGUGAUUAUUUUAAUGCCAUGUUUACAAAUGGGAUGAAAGAAAACAACACCUUGGUGAUAGAUCUUCAUGAGAUUCCUGCCAAUGUCAUGGAAGUCUUGUUAGACUUUGUCUACACUGAGACUGUGGAAGUUAGUGUAGAAAAUGUUCAAGAACUUUUGCCUGCGGCAUGCCUUUUACAGCUAACAGGUGUGAAGAAUGCAUGCUGUCGCUUCUUGGAACGCCAGCUUGAUGCCAGUAAUUGUCUUGGCAUCAAAGUGUUUGCAGAAAACCACUGUUGUCAGUCCUUACUGCACGCAGCAGAAAGAUAUGCUCUCAGACAUUUCAAUUCUGUCAUUGAUCAUGAGGAGUUUAAGAUCAUGAACUUUGAGGAAGUUGAAUCUUUGGUGUCAAGUGAAGAUCUGCAGGUAAAAAGUGAGGAAACUGUGUAUCAAGGGGUGAUAACCUGGGUCAAGUCAGAUGAACCUACACGACUCCACUGCUUACCAAGGCUGUUAGCUCAUGUUCGGUUACCUUUGCUGUCAGUCAAUUUUAUAACAGAUAUAUUGGAUAGUGAAAUUUUAAUAAGAACUAGUCAUGCAUGUAGAGACCUAGUUGAUGAAGCCAAGCGGUAUCACCUUCGACCUGAUUUGAGAGACAAAAUGUGUGGUCCAAAAACCACUCCAAGGGCAGGAACAGAUAGUAUCUUGGUUGUUCUUGGAGGAUUUGGAUCUCAUCAAAACUUGGUGGACACUGUGGAGAGUUUCUGUUCCAAGACUGAUACCUGGACUAAAUUACCCAACUUGACUCGCAAGAGACGCUAUGUUUCAGCAGCCUCUGUGGCUAAUAAACUGUAUGUUGUUGGUGGUUAUGAUGGUCAGUCCAGGCUGAGCCUUGUGGAGAAACUAGAUUUUACUCAAGAGAAGCUCCAGUGGGAAACAGUAACUGCCAUGCACCAGCGGAGAGGCUUAGCUGGCAUAUGUGUUUACAAAGAUCAACUUUAUGUUUGUGGGGGCUUUGAUGGCUACUCACGGCACUCCAGCCUGGAGCGUUUCAACCCUGUCACUGAGCAGUGGACUAUGCUUAGUGCAAUGGCAACUGGAAGAGAAGGUGCUGGCCUAGUGGCGGCCAAUGAUUUGAUUUACUGCAUAGGUGGCUACGAUGGCACAAACCUUUUGUCUUCAGCUGAAUGCUAUGACCCUCAGCUGGAUCAGUGGAGUAAUAUUUUACCCAUGUCCACACAGAGAUCUGGUGCUGGGGUGGCAGUCUUAAAUAACAUGAUUUAUGUGUGUGGGGGCUAUGAUGGUACCGACCACCUGUCAAGCGUGGAGUGCUACAACACUAAAACAAACUACUGGACAACUGUUUCAAACAUGCAAGUUCCAAGGUGUUAUGUCGGGGCAUGUGUGUUUCAAGGGAAAUUAAUGGUGACUGCAGGAUAUGAUGGUAAAACCUUAUUGGAUACCUGUGAGGUGUAUGACCCAGCACAAGGUACUUGGAAGAACAUGGCCAAAAGUAUGACAAUAUCACGGUGUGAUGCAGGCGUCACAGUCAUUAGGCCUGUUUGAAAAGUAGUCAUGUUUAGUUAAAAAAUCCUGUGGUUAAAUGACUCAAAAAUGUGAAAUUGAUUGGACACGUUCCUACUGUGUGAGAGAUUAACAUCAAUGUUAUGCCUUUUUUUCUGCUCAGGAAUAAUAAAAGAGCUCUUCAAAAAGCUAUCAGUACUUUAGUUGGAGCUCCUCGGUUAUCUACCGGUUCUUUAAAUUGAACUCUUUGGAUUGAUGUCUGUAAUUAAUCUAAAUUGAUCUCUAAAGAAUGCUACCAAUAUUUAAAACUGAGCUUUUUGAUUGCUACCAGUACAUUUAAAAUGUUGAUUUAAUGGCCAGUCUUCUCAGAAUAUAAAAGAUAUUUAUUUUUGACCCAGAAAUGUAAAGCAUUGUUUUUUACUCUUUUAUUUUUAUUUUUGUUUAUAAAGUCGAAUGUUUAAUUUUGCAUCUCUUAUAGAAAUAUAUUUCUAAUUAGGUCCUACAUUUGUUGAGUGCUAUGUGUGAAAUUGAAUUGGGAAGUUGUAUAAAAACCCUUUGUACAGUUUGUAUGUAAUGCUUACAUUUUACCUUUGUUGCAAUAUAACAUUUACAACUUGAUCAAAUCACAUAGUUAUUUAUUGAUAUUAAAUUUGAAUGUGUCAGAAUGUGUCACUCGUAUGCAGCUACAUUAAAAACAAAAGAUAAGUGUUGUAAACAAAUGGGUCAGUAAAUGAUAUUGAAUGAUUUAUCCCAUGCUAGAGAUUUGAGGAAUGCCACACUAUUCUACAGAUAUGCAUGAGACAUGAUGUUUGUGUGGACAACAGACAUUUAAUUACUUUAACUUAAAUAUUCCACCACCACCCCUUCCCAUAAAUUGCUUUUGAAAACAGCAGCACUUACCUAAGCUCAUUGUGCCUGCUGGGAUUAGGGCCAUAACACUUUUCCAUUGUCUCCCAACCUUAGAGGUCAUCCCUUCUUUUUUAUGAAUGCACCACUUAUUUUUUUGUUGAAUUGUAGGCCCACUAAACUAACAAAUUACACUUUGAUUUGUGUGGGUUGUUUUAAAUAACAUUCUUUCGAUAUUCAGUUAGGAAUGACAAGUUAUUAGUGAGAGCUCUUACAUAUGAAGACAAAGUGGGACAAAGGUGAAUAAGAUAUAACCUAAACUUAGGCUGUGCACUUAGAUACUUGUUUUUAGUCUGUGAUAAUGAAAAUCAUAUAUAUAUAUAUAUAUAUGUAAACAUUUAUUUCUAAUGCUUUUUGUUUCUCCCCAUCCCUCACGGAAGACUAUUUACAUACAGAUUGCAUUCCACGUUGAAAUAAAAUCAAUAAAAAUCGAAAGCAUUUUGAUAACAAAAGCUUCUAUAUUUUUUUCAUUUUGUAAAUUAAUUUUUGUUUUUGUUUGUUUACCUAAACGAAAAAAACAACAACCUGUAAUGUUUUAUUUUCAUUCCAACUUUUUAAAAUUUUCUAUGGAACUCUAGUUUUACCUCAAGUUCCUUAUUACCUACUAAUUGUUCUUUUUUUCUUAAAGCUUGUAGAUAGUUUCCCCUUGUGACAGGCUUGUAUUGUAUUUCAAUUUUUUUAAAUUCCAUGUUUGUUAUUAAUCUCAUCUUUUCUUAUCCUCUGUGUACAAAACCUCUUGUUCCAGUGCCUUGGCUCUGGGAAGUUAUAAGCAUAUUUUAAACUACAAAUGCAUUUCAAAAUAAAAUUCAGUAUUGAACAUCUUA